GGGCGGUGAGAGGCUCGGCGGGGCGGCAGAGGGGCCAUGGCGGAGCCUGCCGUCCUGCGGGUGCGGCACUGCGGGGCCCAGAUCUUCUGCCGGCGGCCGCCGCAGCUCUGCCCCGCCUGCGGCCUCCCCCUGCGCGGGGCCGGGCUGGCUGCCGCCCCCCUCCGCCUGCCCAGCCCCUUCCGCCAUGGCCACCGCCAGCCCUACGCCUUCCUGCUCCGGCCCACCACCGGCACCUUCCUCGGAGGAUACGAUGGGAAAUCGGAUCUCCAUGUGGGAAUAACCAACAGUAACGGUGUGGUGUACAAUUACAGCCAAGACGGCAUCCAGAGAGCUGAAACUGGAUGGGAGCAGUGCAUUAGUAUCCCACUAGUACAGCCAGACAUGUUUGGGAUGCUCCAGCAGUGGGAUAAACUCCUAGAGGAAUUCUCUGAGGGAGAGGCCUGGCUUCCUCACAGGUAUGAAGAAGGUGACCACAACUGCUACACGUAUGCGCUGGCCUUCAUUAACAGCGUCCUGACUGCGCAGGGGAAACAGCAGCUGAGCAAAAGUGAGUUCACUGAGAAGUUUGUGAUCCCUCAGACAAAGAGGGCUUCCAAAUACAUCACACUGCAUCAGGAGCUCACAGCUAAGGACUUCUACAUCGUGCCCCUUCCUGAUCCACUAAAGGAGUGCUGAAAUAGCAAGCUGUUGUAUUAAAACAUCUACAAUGUGGAAAAGGGAGUCCUAAGGCUCCAGA